AUGUCUGUUCCUAACUUCGGAGAUAUCGCCAAGUCGUCCAACGACCUCCUGAACAAGGACUUCUACCACCUCUCUGCCACCACCUUCGAGCUCAAGAGCAACACCCCCAACAACGUUGCCUUCAAGGUCACCGGCAAGACCUCCCACGAGAAGAGCACCAACGGAGCUAUCGAGGGCAAAUACUCCGACAAGGCUACCGGUACAGCAACCACCCACCGUCGUUUAGAGCGCUUUAACGUGUCCUUCGGUCCAAUAUACGGGCCGUUACACGGCAGCCCAGUUUCUAUCAGCGCGGGCUUUCAACCUGGUUUUGCAAAUUUACUAAUGUUCUACCGUCGCGCAGGCCUCACCCUUACCCAGACAUGGAACACCGCCGCCGCCCUCGACACCAAGGUCGAGCUCGCUGACAGCCUCGCCAAGGGCCUGAAGGCUGAGGGUGUCUUCUCCUUCCUCCCCUCUCCCGCCGCCGAGAAGCCCGCCAACAAGGGUGCCAAGUUCAACCUUACCUUCAAGCAGUCCAACUUCCACUCCCGUGCCUUCUUCGACCUCCUCAAGGGCCCCAAGGCCAACAUCGACGCUGUCGUCGGCCACGAGGGCUUCCUGGCUGGUGCCUCUGCCGGCUACGACGUCAACAAGGCCACCGUCACCGGCUACGCCGCUGCCGUCGGCUACCAGGCCCCCUCUUACUCCGCUGCCAUCACUGCCAGCGACAACCUGAGCGUUUUCGCCGCUUCUUACUACCACAAGGUCAACAGCCAGGUUGAGGCUGGUGCCAAGGCUACCUGGAACUCCAAGGCCGGCAACAACGUCGGCCUCGAGGUUGCCUCCAAGUACCGCAUCGACCCCGUCUCUUUCGCCAAGUUCAAGGUCAACAACAACGGUGUUGCCGCCCUUGCCUACAACGUCCUCCUCCGCGAGGGUGUUACCCUGGGUCUUGGUGCCUCUUUUGAUACCCAGAAGCUCGACCAGGCUACCCACAAGCUCGGCGCCAGCUUCACCUUCGAGGGCUAA